UGGAAAGGCGUCUCGUAGUUGUUGACAACAGAGUAACUUACCUACAUAAGUUUGCAUUGUGUCUUGCGGAUAGCAAUAAAAGCAGUAUAAUCACGAGGAAAUAUCGAUACAGUCUUUUACUGGAUACAUUUUCUUAGCGACCAUGAAAAGCUUUUCAAUUCAUGGAUUUUGUAAUUCUAUUCCAUUUAGCUCGGUAGUUAGCAUUAGCUAACAACCUUAAAUGUAGCUACGUUAAUUAGCUAGCGAACACUAUUUUCGACUAAGAAAGUUGUCCAAGAUUAAUAAUGGCCACUAAAGACAGCAGUCGCGUCAUGCUUCUGGAAGAAGAAGUGAAGAGCUUGUCUGAGGAGUUAGUGCAAUGCCAGGCCGACAAAGAGUUUGUGUGGUCUCUAUGGAAACGCCUCCAAAUGGCUAGUCCGGACCUGACCCAGGCUGUCAGUCUGGUGGUGGAGCGGGAGAAGCAGAAAGCUGAAGGCAAGGACCGCAAGGUGCUGGAGAUCCUGCAGGUUAAAGACUAUAAGAUCCAGGAACUGGAACAGAGAGUGACGGGUCAGCAACAGGAGAUCGCCAGCCUGGUGCAGAGGACGACGGGCGUCGACGAGGAGAGGGGCUUAAUGAAGAAGGAGCUGGCGGCUUUGCGCCACAAGCUGGGGAAUAAAAGUCAAGAACUUAAGGCUGUGAAGGAGCAGAGGAGGAAGAGAGAGGAGGCUCUGAAGGAAGAGAAGGAGGAGUUGGAGGGCCGUUGCUCUGCCCUGCGCUGCGACCUGGAGGCGGCGCAGAGGAGGGAGAAGGACGCUUCUGACGCCAGAGUCAAGGCGGUGGAGUGUGACCUAAGCGCGGCCCAGCGGAAGGUGGCGGACCUGGCGGACCAGUGCAGUAGCCUGACGGGCCAGCUCUCAACCCGCCUGACGGACUUGGCCCAGAGGGACCGACAGAUCUCCCAACUCGGUUGUGAGCUACAGGAACUGCAUGCCUUGUACAGACAGAGCAGUGAGCAUGCAGCAGAACAGGCCAAGCUCAUCCAGCAGCUGGAGGCUCUCAACCUGGACACGCAGAAAGUCCUCCUCAACCAGGAAGAGGCCCACACGGCAGACACCACCUCUUAUCAGAAGCUCUACAAUGAGCUAAGCAUAUGUUACCAGGCGCUCAAGUCCAACGAGGCCCGGCUCCAUCAGAGUCACAGUGCCCUGACAGCCCAGCUGGACCAGAAAGAACAGCAGAUCGUGCAGCUCCGAGCCCGGUUACCGCCGACCCCGACUCCCCUGAUCACGGGUUCUGGGCCCAUGGCCCGGCAGACCAACUCCAAACACUUCCAGGAACAGACGCUUCAGCCCAACGGAGGGGAGAAGGCCCCAGCUCAGACGCCCGCCCCGACCCCAGAGGAACCCCCCGGGGCCACAGAGCCUUGGCCGGCCCAAAGCCCCUCUCCCAGGAGCCACCGCGCAGGGAGGAGGAAGAGUGCAGCGGUGCAGCGGUCCAGGUCCCUCUCCCCGGGGAGCAGCGUGGAGAUGGGUCGAGGAGGUGUGGAGAAGAGACUUCAAGACUUGGAGGAGCUUCUCAGACUGAAGGCCGAGGAGAACGACGAGCUGCGCCGGGCCCACGAGAAACGCCGCGAUCGCCUGCGUCUCAUCCAGGCCGACUACAAGGUGGUCAAAGAGCAGCUCCGGGAGGCGGAGGAAGCGCAGGACCGACCCAGGGGCAGGGCCCAGGGGCGGGCAGAGCCAUGGGAGCUCCGCCAGGAGAACUGUGACGCCGUAUGGAAGGAGCUGGCCCACUUCAAACGCCUCCACCAUAAGGCCACCGCGCACAACUUCAUGUUUCACAUCCUGCGUGUUUGGGGAAGGACUGCUAAGAACAAAAGUAGACAGUCGUCUAUUGUGAGGACACGAUGUUUUAGCCUCAGCUGCAAUGCUAACAUGGAGGAGGAGCUCGAUGUGCAUCGUGUACAGGCCGCUAUGGACCGGGCCACCGCCCAGGAGCUCCGACUGUGUCUGCAGAACGAAAAACAAGAGCUUCUUUACAAAGUGGCAGCUGGGUCAGAGGUCAAGAGCAGCACCCCCAAAAAGCCGUCUUCUGAGCGAGUGGAGCAGUCCCUGAAAAAGAUCGUACAACUGGAGAGGCGCAUGGUGACCAUGGAUCAGGAGACCGAGAGGCUGAGGGAGGAGAACGAGGAUCUCCAGGAGGCCAGACACGCCCUAACCCAGGACAACGAACACCUCCAGGCCUCUCUGGCUCGCCUCCGCAGCCAGGGGGCGGCCCGCGACGAAGCUGCCCACGCCCAAGCCCUGGCCCAGGGGGAGAGGCACCGCGCCGAGGCCCUGGCCCUGGAGACCCAGCUGGAGGGGGCCAGGAGAGAGGCCGCACGUGCCCGUCACCAGCUGCUCAAGCUCCGGCAGGAACUGGGCAUCCUCAGGGCGUCUCAGGCCUUCCACUUGAGCCGGAGACGACCCAAGGCUAAGACGCUAACGGGGCUAGCGACAGCGGGAGGGAAAAGACGGCCAGCGCUUGGGACUAACAAGGUCAAAUUCAGUGGCCCUGCGCGACCACAUGACCGCCAAGCGGUCAGCCCCAACCCAGCCGGCAGGGAGGGGGCGCCCAGCCCUGCUAGGGACGACUGGGAAGAUCUGAGCGCCUUCAGUGACAGUGGAGAGGAGUUCACUGACAGCCUGGACAGUCACCCAGUCAAGUUGCGCAGGUGUGCCGCAGCUUCAGGACAGCCUGUGGAGGGAUUCUCCAGAACGCAGCCCGACGUUCCGAUCCAAGGAUAUAAACAGCAUGAGCCUGGGGACGAUGGAGGGCUGAGACAGAGCGAGGGGAAGAGGCGGAGGACGAAGGCCCAGAGGUGCGCCGGCUGCGCCCCCUCCUCGCUGCGCCGCCGCGUUCUGUCUCUGCAGCGCCGCCUCGCCGUCCUGCAGGCCUCCCGGCGCGGCGCGCACCGCAGUGUCCGCGAGUUGAAAGGCUCCAACGAGGCGAUGAAGUCCCAGCUCGCUCUGCUCACCCAGAGAAUGCAGAGUGGCCGGCAGCUGUCACAGAGGCUGACCUCUGACCUGGCUGUUGUGGAGCAGCAGAAGAAGGUGCUAGAGAUGGAGCUGGAGCAUUGGAGACAGAUCCACAGGACCCCCUCCCUCCAGCCACCCCCCUCCAUUACCCCCCAGCCCCCGGAUGCCCCCAGCCCUGUUGCCCUCAAAGCCCUGGAGACAGAGGUCAAACAGCUCCAGACCAAACUGAAGAGCUCGAGUGCAGAGGUGACAAGGCAGGCGUCGGCUAACAAAGCCCUCCGAGCUCAGCUUGAGGAGAAAACGGAGGCGCUCAGAGAACUGCAGGAGAAGGUGAACCACGCGGAGAAAGAUGUACACAUGAAGAGGCAGCUGGUGCAGGAUGUGAAGACCAGGAUGAAGUUCCUCCGGGAGACGGAGAAGACCCACCAGGGGCUGGCGGCGGAGCUGGAGAAGAAAGUGAAAACGCUGAACGAAGAGGCCGCGAACCGGAAGGCCUUCAUCGACUCUCUGAAGAGGAGGCUCGCCGUGGCCACCAAAGACAAGAGCCAGUACGAGUCCACCUGCCAGAAACUGAAGGAGGACCUGGAGAAGAAGGGGCAGCGCGUCGCCGCGCUGCAGGCCCGCGUGGAGGCCAGCGAACGGGCCCAGGCCGAGCUGGAGCACACGGCCUCCCGUCAGAUGGAGGAUCUGGCCCAGCGGAGCACCGCGGCCCUGGACUCCCUGCAGAGACAGCUGGGCCGGACCAGCGCUCAGCUGGAGCAGCUGCAAGCCUUCGCCAAGGGUCUGGCCAGCGAACUGCUCCACGAGGUGUCCGAUGUCAAAUCGCAGCUGAGGAAGAGGAGGAAGAUGAAAAGGUUGGAGAAGAAGAGGGACAGCGGGGUCAGAGGACUGUCCAAGCAGUCGAUGGUCAAAGCCCAGUCCGUCGCGGCGUCCAUCCUCAACAUGACGGAGACCGACCUGGCGGACAUGCUGGACACGGAUGAGGAUGGGGAUGACGUGGCGGAUGACCGUAGGAGAGACCAGGAGUGGAUGGACCAGGUCAUGAUGAUCCUCCGACAGCAGAUCCCCUCUGCUGCUCUCUUAAUGGAGGUGCUGCGAGUGAAGAUGAAGGAGAGUAAAGUGCUGACAGAAGAGCUGGCCGUGAUCACAACAGCAGUCAGCGAAAACGGCUGACUCCCACUCCGGGGCUGAGGCUGGGAAAAACUGUCAUCCUCCCCUCCUGCCUGUUUCCAUCCCUCCUUCAUGCCCGGGCCUCUCUGUCUCAGUGGGGGCUGAUCUCACCGAGUCGAGCUGGAGUGGUGUGCGCGCGUGCAUGCGGAACGUGUGUGUGUGUGUGCGUGCGUGCGUGAAUUGCCUCCAUGCUGCGCUUCCAGAACCAAUAUUUAGGAGAAAAGCACUGUCGACUCACUCCGAGCCACUCGCUCACGCAGCGGUCUUCGGCCGGCCUUGGUAAAUGAGCCUCCAACAUCUGGGCUAGUGGUUAGCGCUCUCCAUUUGCCUUCCUGGGCCCUUUAGCGUCAGGCUAAUUUACAGCACAGAGAAAAAGGUCCCCCCCCCCCCCCCCCACACACACACACACACACUCCUAAAGUCAUCCUGGCGUGAUGAUAUGACAAAGGUUUUAACUUAAAGUUAGACAUGGCUAUUUUAUUUUUUUUAUGUAUUUUUAUUUCUUGGGUUACUUAUUGUGGAUGUCCAGGACCCCAGGUUGCAGGUCUGGGGUCUUACCCCAUCACUUGACACCCUGACAAAGACAAAAUGAACCGAGUGCUGUUACUGUCACCCCUCUUAGGACAUUGAAUACCGUCCCAGGAUUCAGUGACCGAAUGGGAUAUCAGAGAGAAUAUUUUUGUGGUUUGGUGUUAGGAUUUUUCUUUUCAGAAUACGAUUAGAUGUUUGUGUGUUCAGUUCGAAAUGCCCUUUGUACUAGGUCAUUAUGAUUUGAAAUUUGAACUUUGCCAAUUGUUGUAUUUAUACACUGGGGUAUUCAAGACUGUUUUUGUCACAUUAAAAAUGAAUCGUUUUCUUAGUGGUUUAUGUGCGGCACUGUUGUCAUGCCCAGAAUUGACUGUUGCGUCAGGGGUUUGAAGUGUUAAUGUAGAAUAAAGAAAAUGCAUUCAUCUAAUAUUAAUUAAUCCAAGUUAGU